CCGGCAAGAUGGCGGCUGCGGUGGGCCCGCUGCGCGUCCCGGGCCACCUCUGCCGCGUGCUGCUCUUCCUGUCACAGUUCUCCGUCGUGUCGGGCGGUGGGUCCCUGAACGUGCAGCCUUCGCGGCCGCUGUCUCGGGCACGCAGGGAUCCGGGCCCGACGCGCACGUUCCCGGCAGCUUCCAGGGCGGCAGAAAGCACCGACAUGCCGCCCUAUGUGAUGAAGUGCCCAAGCAACGGUCUGUGCAGCAGGCUCCCUGCAGACUGUGUGGAGUGCAGGACGAACUUCUCCUGUGUCUACGGGAAGCCCGUCACUUUUGACUGCACGGUCAAGCCUUCUGUUACCUGUGUUGAUCAGGACUUCAGAUCCCAAAAGAACUUCAUCCUCAACAUGACUUGCCGAUUUUGCUGGCAGCUUCCGGAAACCGAUUACGAGUGCUCCAGUUCCACCAGCUGCAUGACGGUGUCCUGCCCCCGGCAGCGCUACGCCGCCAACUGCACCGUGCGGGACCACGUUCACUGCCUGGGUAAUCGGACUUUUCCGAAAAUGCUCUAUUGCAAUUGGACCGGAGGAUACAAGUGGUCUACUGCUCUGGCUCUGAGCAUCACUCUCGGAGGGUUUGGAGCGGACCGUUUCUACCUGGGCCAGUGGAGAGAAGGUCUCGGCAAGCUCUUCAGCUUCGGUGGCCUGGGAAUAUGGACGCUCAUAGACGUCUUGCUGAUUGGAGUCGGCUACGUGGGACCAGCAGAUGGCUCGCUGUACAUUUAACUGCGGCCGGGGCUUCGGAGAGGAGCCUGGGAGAGCCCUGGGCCGUGGGCACUGAUGUGCCUGCCGGGAGGGACGCGUCCGCGUGUUCAUGUACGGCACCUGUACUUCGCCUGCCUUGAAGAAGGUGAAAUACACUUUGAAUCAUGCUUCUCUGGAGUUUGGUUUUAUUUGCCCAAAAUAGGCUAUUUUCUGUGAAAAAAAACAACUUGGACUUAAUUAAAAUAGAGGAAUACAUUCUGCAGUGACUGGAAAUCAAUUGAAUUCCUCUGACAUUCGUUUUAUGUUGCUUAAGUCAAAGUGUAUCACUUGGAUCCGGGGCUGAGUGUGAUCUGCCCAAAAGGCUCUGCAGUGUGAUUGCAGAGGGUUAGCUCAGUGAAUGGCCUGCCUGCGCUUGCGUGCUGAGUUCUCCACGUCGCGUGUCUGCAGUCUGGUCUUUGUAGUGAGCGUCCAAACGACAAGUUUCAUGUCUAGUUGCUGUGGUUUGAAUUUUACUGGUAAUAUAAAAGGUUCUAAGAGUAUUGAAAAAUCAAUAAAGUUAUAAGUUGCUUUAAGAAA